AGUAGGAGGCGCAGGACGCACAGAGGAAACUUUGGAGAGUAGCUGUGGGAACCCUGAAAUCAGCAGCGCGUAAAGCAGUGCGUCUCCGAGAGCCUCUAAACUAAAAAGAGAAGAUUUAACCACUGCUACGUAACUUUUCUUUCAUCUCACCUGUGAAAAUGUCCGGUGACCGUUUGGGCACGGCGCUGGCAGUGGCUUUGCUCGCCUGUGCUGUGCAAUGUAUGCCGAAAGGGACGAAUAAACAUAGAAGACAAGCGCAGGAACAUUCGGUGUCAUCCGUGUCCCAAGAUGGUUGUUUCGAGCAGGGUCACUUUUAUGGAGUUGGAGAGCAGUGGGAACGCACCUAUCUGGGCAGCACUCUUCUCUGCACUUGUCACGGAGUGUCUGGUAUUAAGUGUAAAUCAAAGCCUGAUGCUGAGGAGACCUGCUAUGAUAAACUCAAUGGCCGCUCCUAUCGGGUUGGAGAGACCUAUGAGAGACCCAAAGAAGGGAUGAUCUGGGACUGUACGUGCAUUGGCUCUGGUCGAGGGAAAAUCAGUUGCACCAUUGCAAACCGCUGUCAUGAGGGAGGUCAAUCCUACAAGAUUGGAGACACCUGGAGGAGGCCCCACGAUACUGGAGACUACAUGCUCGAGUGUGUCUGUUUGGGAAAUGGGAAAGGGGAAUGGACGUGCAAACCUGUUGCGGAGCGCUGUUAUGACAAUUCAGCUGGGACGUCUUAUAUGGUUGGUGAGACCUGGGAGAAGCCCUACCAAGGCUGGAUGAUCGUGGACUGUACCUGUCUAGGCGAAGGAAGUGGACGCAUCACAUGCACUUCUAGAAACCGCUGUAAUGACCAGGACACACGCACGUCUUACCGCAUCGGAGACACGUGGAGUAAAACAGAUGCUCGCGGACAGGUGUUGCAGUGUUUGUGUACUGGUAACGGCCGUGGAGAGUGGAAGUGUGAGAGACAUGCCUCACUGCACACCACCAGCCUGGGUACCGGCACUCGUGUGGUUUCCAACGUCCAGCCCGCCGUGUUCCAGCCUGUGCCUGUCCCCGAAUACCCUGCGGAGGGAACGUGUGUGACAGACGCAGGUGUUUCCUACUCGCAGGGCAUGCGCUGGAUCAAGACCCAAGGCAGCAAACAGAUGUUGUGUACCUGCUUGGGGAACGGCGUCAGCUGUGAAGAAUGGGAUGUCCAGACUCAGGUGUAUGGUGGCAAUUCAGAAGGCCAGCCUUGUGUGUUCCCGUUCGUGUUCACUGGGAAAACGUUUUAUGCCUGCACUUCUGAGGGACGCAGUGAUGGACAGCUCUGGUGCAGCACCUCGUCUGACUUUGAGAAAGAUUACAAGUUCUCCUUCUGUACUGAGAAUAAUGCUAUGGUUGCAACCAGAGGAGGAAACUCUAAUGGUGCCUUGUGUCAGUUCCCUUUCCUCUACAACGGUCAAAAUUACACAGACUGCACUGCUGAAGGCAGAAGAGACGGAAUGAAAUGGUGCGGCACCACUUACAACUUCGACAGAGAGCAGCGCUUUGGCUUCUGUCCCAUGGCAGCCCAUGAGGAGGUGUGCACCACCGGUGAGGGUGUGAUGUAUCGCAUCGGCGACCAGUGGGACAGACGACAUGACGUUCUGGGUCACAUGAUGCGCUGCACGUGUGUUGGUAACGGACGUGGAGAAUGGAGCUGCAUCGCCUACUCGCAACUGAAAGACCAGUGCAUUGUGAAUAGUGUGUCGUAUGAAGUAAAUCAGACUUUCACUAAACUACACGAAGAGGGCUACAUGAUGAACUGCACCUGUUUCGGUCAAGGGCGUGGACGCUGGAAGUGUGACGCUAUUGAUCAAUGUCAAGAGCCGGAGACCAGAGUCUUCUAUCAGAUCGGAGAGUCCUGGAACAAAAUUAUUCAUGGAGUCCACUACAAAUGUCACUGCUAUGGAAAUACCAUUGGAGAAUUGAGCUGCGAGCCUCAGCAGUCUUUCCCUGGUGGUCAUCGUCCAGUUCAGGUGAUUAUAACAGAAUCCGGCAACCAGCCCGACUCCCACCCUAUCCAAUGGAAUGCCCCACCUUCUGCACACAUCACACAGUACAUACUCAAAUGGAGACAGAAAAACACUCAUAGCCAAUGGAUGGAGGUCACUAUUCCAGGCCAUCAGAACUCUUACACCAUUGCUGGACUGAAGCCAGGAAUCACCUAUGAGGGUCAACUCAUCGGUAUUCUGCGUUUUGGACGUCGAGAAGUCAAUCGCUUUGACUUUACCACAAACUACGGUUCCUUGGCGCCCUUUGAGGGAGAGACCACCCAGCCCCCUCCGGUCGUGGACACCUCUGAGUCUGUGACUGAGAUCACCUCCAGCAGUUUCGUCAUCUCUUGGGUGUCCGCGUCUGACACAGUGUCUGGAUUCAGGGUGGAAUAUGAGCUGAGUGAGGAGGGAGGUCAAACUGGAGAGCCCAUUGUGUUAGACCUGCCUCAUACGGCUUCGUCAGUGAACAUAAGUGAACUUCUUCCAGGCAGGAAAUACACAGUUAAUGUGUAUGAAGUGACAAACCAAGGAGAUCCUAAUUUGAUCCUUACCACCUCCCAAACUACAGCUCCUGAUGCUCCUCCUGACCAUGAUGUAGAGAAUGUGGAGGAGACCUCCAUGGUUAUCAGCUGGUCCAAACCUCUGGCUCCCAUCACAGGCUACCGUGUGGUAUACACACCAUCAGAAGAAGGCAGUUCGGGCAGCACUGAGUUGAACCUGCCUAACACCGCCACCUCAGUGACCCUGAGUGACCUUCGACCUGGUCUGCUUUAUAACAUCAGUAUAUUCUCUGUGGAAGAGAAUUUGGAGAGCAAGCCUGUUUUUGUACAAGUCACCACUUCUGGGGAACCCCUAAAAGAGGAAGUGCCAUCUCCAACUGAUCUGCAGUUCUUCGAGGUGUCUGACUCCAAGAUCACCAUCACUUGGUCCGGUCCAUCCACAGAAGUGUCUGGGUACCGCGUAUCCGUGGCAAAAGUGGGUUCAGACGGGCUGAUCGAGAAACAGACGGCACUGCCAGAAACACAAAACGCUUACUAUGAGGUCACGCAUCUUCAACCUGGAAUACUUUACCGUUUCUUCAUCUUUGCUCUCAAGUCAGGCGAGGAGAGUGAACCACUGGUUGGGGAGCAAGCUACAAAGCCUGAUCCACCAACCAGUAUCCACUUCACUAACAUCAAUGAAGACAGCGCUGUGAUCAUAUGGUCCGCUCCCAGGGCUCAAAUCACUGGUUACCGCCUUUUCCUCACUCUUGAGGGCUCCAACCCCAAACAGCUGAAUAUUCCCGCCCGCCUGUCACAGUACACCCUUCCCAACCUGCACCCGGAUACUAAAUACACCGCCACCCUGCACGCCGUCAAGAACAACGUGCUCAGCGAGGGUUCAUCUGCCACCUUCACCACAAUUCAACCAAUGGGAAGUGCUCCUGUCUUCAGCACUAAUGUCACAGACACUGCCAUCAUCAUCACCUGGACCCCUGCGCCUAGAAUUGCUUACAAUGUGAACGUGAUGCCCAGUCAAGGUGGAGAAGCCCCCCAAGACGUGACCUCCGGGUCUGGUAAUAUCUUCAUCUCAGGCCUGACACCUGGAGUUGAGUACACUUACAGGGUGCAGCCGGUCAUCAACGGCCAUCAUCACGGCAGCCCCAUCACUCGACGUGUGGUCACCCCUCUUUCUCCACCCACUGACCUGAACCUGGAGCCCAACCCAAACACAGGAGAGCUGAUGGUUCAAUGGAAUGAGGCCAAAACUCCAGACAUCACGGGCUACAGAGUGACUUGCACCCCCACCAACGGGCAGCAGGGGAACUCACUGGAGGAGUUUGUAAAGGCAGGACAGACCUCGUGCACUUUGGAUAACCUAAGUCCAGGAGUGGAGUACAAUGUCAGUGUGUUUACUGUGAAGGACGACAUGGAGAGCGUCCCUGUCUCCUCCACUGUAACUCCAGUUCAACCAAUGGGAAUUGCUCCUGUCUUCAGCACUAAUGUCACAGACACUGCCAUCAUCAUCACCUGGACCCCUGUGCCUAGAAUUGCUUACAAUGUAAACGUGAUGCCCAGUCAAAGUGGAGAAGCUCCCCAAGACGUGACCUCCGAGUCUGGUAAUAUCUUCAUCUCAGGCCUAAAACCUGGAGUUGAGUACACUUACAGCGUGCAGCCGGUCAUCGACGGCCAUUAUCACGGCAGCCCCAUCACUCGACGUGUGGUCACCCUUCAACCAAUGGGAAGCGCUCCUGUCUUCAGCACUAAUGUCACAGACACUUCCAUCAUCAUCACCUGGACCCCUGCGCCUAGAAUUGCUUACAAUGUGAACGUGAUGCCCAGUCAAAGUGGAGAAGCCCCCCAAGACGUGACCUCCGAGUCUGGUAAUAUCUUCAUCUCAGGCCUAAAACCUGGAGUUGAGUACACUUACAGCGUGCAGCCGGUCAUCGACGGCCAUCAUCACGGAAGCCCCAUCACUCGACGUGUGGUCACCCUUCAACCAAUGGGAAGCGCUCCUGUCUUCAGCACUAAUGUCACAGACACUUCCAUCAUCAUCACCUGGACCCCUGCGCCUAGAAUUGCUUACAAUGUAAACGUGAUGCCCAGUCAAGGUGGAGAAGCCCCCCAAGACGUGACCUCAGAGUCUGGUAAUAUCUUCAUCUCAGGCCUGACACCUGGAGUUGAGUACACUUACAGCGUGCAGCCGGUCAUCAACGGCCAUCAUCACGGCAGCCCCAUCACUCGACAUGUGGUCACCCAGCCUGAUCCACCCACCAGUAUCCACUUCACUAACAUCAAUGAAGACAGCGCUGUGAUCAUAUGGUCCCCUCCCAGGGCUCAAAUCACUGGUUACCGCCUUUUCCUCACUCUUGAGGGCUCGAACCCCAAACAGUUGAAUAUUCCCGCCCGCCUGUCACAGUACACCCUUUUCAACCUGCAUCCGGAUACUAAAUACACCGCCACCCUGCACGCCGUCAAGAACAACGUGCUCAGCGAGGGUUCAUCUGCCACCUUCACCACAAUUCAACCAAUGGGAAGUGCUCCUGUCUUCACUACUAAUGUCACAGACACUGAAAUCAUCAUCACCUGGACCCCUGCGCCUAGAAUUGCUUACAAUGUGAACGUGAUGCCCAGUCAAGGUGGAGAAGCCCCCCAAGACGUGACCUCCGAGUCUGGUAAUAUCUUCAUCUCAGGCCUAAAACCUGGAGUUGAGUACACUUACAGCGUGCAGCCGGUCAUCAAUGGCCAUCAUCACGGGAGCCCCAUCACUCGACAUGUGGUCACCCAGCCUGAUCCACCCACCAGUAUCCACUUCACUAACAUCAAUGAAGACAGCGCUGUGAUCAUAUGGUCCCCUCCCAGGGCUCAAAUCACUGGUUACCGCCUUUUCCUCACUCUUGAGGGCUCCAACCCAAAACAGUUGAAUAUUCCCGCCCGCCUGUCACAGUACACCCUUUUCAACCUGCAUCCGGAUACUAAAUACACCGCCACCCUGCACGCCGUCAAGAACAACGUGCUCAGCGAGGGUUCAUCUGCCACCUUCACCACAAUUCAACCAAUGGGAAGUGCUCCUGCCUUCAGCACUAAUGUCACAGAUACUGCCAUCAUCAUCACCUGGACCCCUGCGCCUAGAAUUGCUUACAAUGUGAACGUGAGGCCCAGUCAAGGUGGAGAAGCCCCCCAAGACGUGACCUCCGAGUCUGGUAAUAUCUUCAUCUCAGGCCUGACACCUGGAGUUGAGUACACUUACAGUGUGCAGCCGGUCAUCAACGGCCAUCAUCAGGGCAGCCCCAUCACUCGACAUGUGGUCACCCCUCUUUCUCCACCCACUGACCUGAACCUGGAGCCCAACCCAAACACAGGAGAGUUGAUGGUUCAAUGGAACGAGGCCAAAACUCCAGACAUCACAGGCUACAGAGUGACUUGCACCCCCACCAAGGGGCAGCAGGGGAACUCACUGGAGGAGUUUGUAAAGGCAGGACAGACCUCGUGCACUUUGGAUAACCUGAGUCCAGGAGUGGAGUACAAUGUCAGCGUGUUUACUGUGAAGGACGACAUGGAGAGCGUUCCUGUCUCCUCCACUGUAACUCCAGUUCAACCAAUGGGAAGUGCUCCUGUCUUCAGCACUAAUGUCACAGACACUGAAAUCAUCAUCACCUGGACCCCUGCGCCUAGAAUUGCUUACAAUGUGAACGUGAUGCCCAGUCAAGGUGGAGAAGCCCCCCAAGACGUGACCUCCGAGUCUGGUAAUAUCUUCAUCUCAGGCCUGACACCUGGAGUUGAGUACACUUACAGCGUGCAGCCGGUCAUCAACGGCCAUCAUCACGGCAGCCCCAUCACUCGACAUGUGGUCACCCAGCCUGAUCCACCCACCAGUAUCCACUUCACUAACAUCAAUGAAGACAGCGCUGUGAUCAUAUGGUCCGCUCCCAGGGCUCAAAUCACUGGUUACCGCCUUUUCCUCACUCUUGAGGGCUCCAACCCAAAACAGUUGAAUAUUCCCGCCCGCCUGUCACAGUACACCCUUUUCAACCUGCAUCCGGAUACUAAAUACACCGCCACCCUGCACGCCGUCAAGAACAACGUGCUCAGCGAGGGUUCAUCUGCCACCUUCACCACAAUUCAACCAAUGGGAAGUGCUCCUGCCUUCAGCACUAAUGUCACAGAUACUGCCAUCAUCAUCACCUGGACCCCUGCGCCUAGAAUUGCUUACAGUGUGAACGUGUUGCCCAGUCAAGGUGGAGAAGCCCCCCAAGAAGUGACCUCCGAGUCUGGUAAUAUCUUCAUCUCAGGCCUGACACCUGGAGUUGAGUACACUUACAGGGUGCAGCCGGUCAUCAACGGCCAUCAUCACGGGAGCCCCAUCACUCGACAUGUGGUCACCCAGCCUGAUCCACCCACCAGUAUCCACUUCACUAACAUCAAUGAAGACAGCGCUGUGAUCAUAUGGUCCCCUCCCAGGGCUCAAAUCACUGGUUACCGCCUUUUCCUCACUCUUGAGGGCUCGAACCCAAAACAGUUGAAUAUUCCCGCCCGCCUGUCACAGUACACCCUUUUCAACCUGCAUCCGGAUACUAAAUACACCGCCACCCUGCACGCCGUCAAGAACAACGUGCUCAGCGAGGGUUCAUCUGCCACCUUCACCACAAUUCAACCAAUGGGAAGUGCUUCUGUCUUCAGCACUAAUGUCACAGACACUGCCAUCAUCAUCACCUGGACCCCUGCGCCUAGAAUUGCUUACAAUGUGAACGUGAGGCCCAGUCAAGGUGGAGAAGCCCCCCAAGACGUGACCUCCGAGUCUGGUAAUAUCUUCAUCUCAGGCCUGACACCUGGAGUUGAGUACACUUACAGGGUGCAGCCGGUCAUCAACGGCCAUCAUCACGGCAGCCCCAUCACUCGACGUGUGGUCACCCCUCUUUCUCCACCCACUGACCUGAACCUGGAGCCCAACCCAAACACAGGAGGGCUGAUGGUUCAAUGGAACGAGGCCAAAACUCCAGACAUCACGGGCUACAGAGUGACUUGCACCCCCACCAAGGGGCAGCAGGGGAACUCACUGGAGGAGUUUGUAAAGGCAGGACAGACCUCGUGCACUUUGGAUAACCUGAGUCCAGGAGUGGAGUACAAUGUCAGUGUGUUUACUGUGAAGGACGACAUGGAGAGCGUUCCUGUCUCCUCCACUGUAACUCCAGAUGUGCCCAAAAUAACCGACCUUAACUUUAUCAACGUCACUGACUCAACGAUCGGCCUCACCUGGAAGCCUCUGAACUCCACGGCUAUCACUGGGUACCGCAUCACAGUGUUGGCUGCUGGAGACAGUCUACCAAUACUUGUUGAAUAUGUGGAGCCCACGACAGGCUUUUAUACAGUGCACGGACUGGAGCCCGGCAUUGAUUAUGACAUCACCAUCACCACCGUCACGGAAAAUGGCGAGAGCGAGCCCAUCACUAUCACUCAGCAGACAGGUAAAACGGUCCCUCCCCCAUCUGAUUUAUCAUUCGAUGGAGUGAAGGCAGACAGCAUGAGGGUGACCUGGAAACACCCUAAGGUGCAUAAGUCCUCUGAUAUUGAACGCUACAUCAUUCACUAUCACCCAGUCGAUGACGACGAUGACACCGUGGAGCAGAUUGUGAUGGGAAACGCUGAUUUUAUCGUUCUUUACAAUCUAGUGGCCAACACGGAGUAUCUGGUGAGUGUGCAGUGUGUCUAUGAGGGUAGAACGAGCUCGCCUGUCAUUGGCACUCAGAGAACAGUCCUGGAUUCUCCGGUCUCCCUGCAGUUUUCUGAUAUCGGCACCAGCUCUUUCACCGUGCGCUGGCAGGCUCCUCGAGCCGUGAUCUCAGGAUAUCUUUUCAGCUACCAGAUGACCAGGGGGGGACGUGCCAGAGAGGAGAGACUGCCCCCGUCGAGAAGCCACUUCACUCUCACAGGCCUGACCCCGGAGACCGAGUACAGCAUCAGCAUCUUUGCCGUCAGCGGAAGACGUCAGAGCCUGCCACUGACUGGAACUCAAUCUACCAUUUCUGACGCCCCAACUGAUCUGGAGGUUAUCUCCUCAACGCCAACCAGCAUCACUGUUCGCUGGGACGCCCCCUCUGUCACUGUGAGGUACUACAGGAUCACACAUGGAGAGUCAGGAGGUUUUGCUGCUCCUCAGGAAUUCACUGUCCCUGGCUCGCAAUCUACUGCCACCAUUGAAGAUCUCCGUCCUGGCACAGAUUACACCAUCACCGUAUAUGCAGUGACCGGCAGAGGGGACAGUCCUGCCUCCAGCACCCCCAUUCAUGUUAUUCACAGAACAGAUAUUGACUCUCCAUCUAAGAUGGAAGUGACUGACGUUAAGGACAACACUAUUACUGUACGCUGGAGUCCAGCAGCCGGUCCCAUCUCAGGGUAUCGUGUCACAGGAACGCCACUAUAUGGACAGGGACCUGUUUUCUCUGAAGUCGUGGCCCCAGACCAGACUGAAAUGACGCUCUCUGGCUUGAUGCCGACUGCUGAGUACACUGUCAGCCUUUAUGCGCUCGGUCAGGAUGGAGAAAGCCCCCCAUUGGUCGAAACUGUGGUCACAACUGUGGACAAACCUAAAGACCUUAGCUUCACUGACGUGGACUCCACCUCCAUGCGCAUCUCCUGGGACAGUCCUGAUGGCGUGGUGUCCUCAUACAGAGUGUUAUACUACAGUCCAGAAGAGGGCGAGAGAGAGCUGUUCCCCGCCCCGCGUGGAGAAGAUGAAUUUGCAGUGCUUCAUGGCCUCAGACCGGGCACCGAGUACACGGUUAAAGUCAUUGCUUUGCAUGACCGGACCCCCAGCACUCCUCUGGUGGCCACGCAGACAACAGCUAUUCCUGGACCAACCAAUUUGGACUUCUCCCAAGUGAGUCGAACAUCCUUCACCGUCUCCUGGCCUUCUUCCAACGUCAAGCUGACAGGUUACCGCGUGGCCAUCACCCCCAAAAGUAAGAAUGGCCCCACUAAAGAGGUCAGCAUCGCCCCUGACUCCACCGAGUUCCACGCCACCUCACUCACGCCUGGCACCGACUAUGAAGUAGAGGUUUAUGGUGUGAAGGAUUCCCUCACCAGCCAACGUGUUAAAGGAGAAGUCACGACACCUGACAACAUCAGCCCACCUCGUCGUGUUCGAAUAUCCAACGUAAAAGAUUCCUCCAUCACCCUCACCUGGCGCUCCAAGAUCGAAACUAUCUCCGGAUUCCUUGUAGAAGUCACGCCCACAAGUGACGGCCAUAAACCUGUUCAGAGAAUCGUCGAACCUGAUACACGCACACAUACGAUUACAGGUCUGGUGCCAGGAACCAACUAUAAGAUCAAUAUCUUUACUCUGAAUGGAAAUGCACGCAGUCAGCCGUUCACCCUAACAGCUACUACAGCCAAACCAGUUGUAAGCCCUCCUACAAAUAUUCAGUUCACCUCUCUGACCCCCACCACCAUCUCCUUCAUCUGGGAGCCUCCACGUAGCACCAUCACUGGAUAUUACAUCACGUAUGAAAAGCGCGGAGAUGUUCCAAAAGAGUUGACUCCUAGACCUCAGGCUGGCACGACCUUUGCUGUUAUCUCUGGUUUGACACCAGACACUGAAUACGUCAUCAAAAUUGUUGCUUUAAAUAACGCUCAGAGAAGCACUCCGUUGGUUGGAAAAGCAAAAACCCAACUGCAAAGUCUACCGCUGCACCCCCAGUUGCCUGUACUCAGCCGACCUCUUCAUGAAAUCCUGGAUGUCCCAGAAGACAAUGACAACUUCAACAACCACGUACAUGUGUUGGGGCCAAACAUAGACAACACACUGGGGCAGCAGGGCCAACGUAUCUACACCGAAUAUCAGAGUUUGAACCUGGGCAACAACGGCCAGCAGGCAGCAAACCAACACAAGCCCCUGGUCUACAUCCCCCUGCCGGGAGCCGAUGGCCAGAGAGUUCCAUUGGUGAAGGUGAACGAGGGUCCUGAACCAGGAUUCCCCUUCUUAGACCUUUACAAUGAGACAAACCUGCCACAGGAAUCUCAGACCCAGACCACAAUCAUUUGGCAGCCUGUGCCGCACACUUCGGAGUAUGUUGUGUCCUGCAGUCCCAUCACAGAGAUCAAUGAGAAGAAUUUCCAGAUGCGUCUGCCUGGCACAUCCAAUAGCGCCACACUGAUCGGUCUCACUUCUGGUGCCUCCUAUAACGUUCUUGUGGAGUCUGUCAAUGGAGAGCAAAAACAAAAAGUUUUGGAAGACGUCGUGACUGUCAGAAACAGCGUUCCAGGUGCUGGAGGGAUUCCUACAGGCAGGGAUGUGUGUUAUGAUACAUUCACCGCCACCUACCACGAGGUGGGCGCUGAGUGGGAGCGUAUGUCCGAGACGGGCUUUAAACUCUGGUGCAAGUGUCUCGGUCUCGGAAGUGGCCAUUUCAGAUGUGAUUCAUCCAAGUGGUGUCAUGACAACGGGCACAACUACAGAAUUGGUGAAAAGUGGGACCGUCGUGCUGAGAACGGUCACAUGAUGAGCUGUACCUGUCUGGGCAAUGGCAAAGGAGAAUUUAAGUGUGAACCCCAUGAGUCAACCUGCUAUGAUGAUGGGAAGGUGUACCAGGUUGGCAACCAGUGGCAGAAGGAGUAUCUCGGAGCCAUCUGCACCUGCACCUGUCAUGGAGGACAACAGGGCUGGCGUUGUGAGAGUUGCCGUAGGCCUGGUGCUGAAGUUGAUGUGGACCUUAUUCAGCCUCCAGCACGCACAGAAGUUUUCGACCGCUACAGAGAGAACGCUCUACGCAAACUAAACAUCCAAUGUCCUAUUGAGUGCCUUAGAUCAGACCUGCUAGCAGAUGCCCAGAGCCCUUAAGAAGAAUUGUGCAUAUUAGUUUUGGCCAAUUUCAGAGAGGACAUGGCCCACAGAGACUGUUAUUAGCUCCCUCGGUGUCCUACUCUUCACUCACACUGCAAACUCUGUCCUGCUGCUUUCACCCUGCCGCCCACCUGUGACAUCACGCCUCUUCUGAUUGGGUGGUUGUUAAUCGCUGUCUGUUUAGAGGAUAUCCAAUUAAAAGGAGCGUAACCGUCCAUAUGCAUCAAGCUUACAGGAAAUGACCUCAAGUUUUGUGCAAGGUCCUUCUGGAAUCACCUGCAGUGAAUCGACACGUCUUGCCUUUUCUUCAGUAUUAUUGCCUGGUGUCUGAUUUCAGUGUUUUUUAUAUAAAUUUUGUGAGUUUGUAUUUUUGUCAGUGAUAUUAGUGAUCUUUUCUAAAACAAGCACUGUCUUACAAUGAAAACCUUUGUGCCUUGUAGGCAUCUUUUUUAUGAUGUAAUAUUCACCCCACUUUAAUCUGAUUGGUUGGUUAAAAUCUGUGGCCUUUGUGUCCGCCAGGAGACAUAGGAAAGCACUGUUUUAAUGAAGUAAUUUUUUUCUUUAUUUAUCCCUUUUAUCUUUGAGUUUGGAUGUAAUUCAGAUUAUGGGUGUUUACUGUUUAAUGUUUGUGUUUUAGGUGCCAAAGUCUUAACUACUGUGGACAAAAUACUUUUUAAUAAAACAUUUUUACA